AUGGCGCAACAGAAGCAUUUGAUAUUUCUAGUUCAUGGUCUUUUUGGAAACAGCUCGCAUAUGAGCAGCAAUGCAGAAGAGCUGCGCAGUCAAUUUGCCACCGACAAUUCGGUGGUUGUGCACAUUGCCAAAAGCAAUGAAACGCUCAAGACGUUUGACGGCAUCGCCAUUGGCGCUGAGCGGCUAUUUGUCGAACUAAUGGAUCGCAUUAAGCAGCUGCUUGAGGAAAAUUUCGUCGUCAAGCAUAUCAGUAUCGUUGGAUACUCGUUAGGUGGCUUAUUUGCUCGGUACCUCAUUGGCAUGCUGGAGUCGGUAGGGUUUUUCAACAAGGUCACGCCCGUAGUGUACGCAACGUUCGCCACGCCUCAUGCUGGAACCUACUUCCACUCUCAGCGAUUCAAGGCCCGGGUGCUGAACGCAUUCGGGUCGAGACUGCUCGGCCUGUCAGGUGGCGACCUCUUCAACUCUAACAAGACCCUCGAGGAGCUCGCGGAUCCGGAGAGCCGGUACAUUACUGGGAUCAAGCGAUUCAAAAAACGGGUUUUGUUCGCCAACGCUGUCCACGACCGCACUGUCCCCUUUUGGACGGCCUACUUGUCUACGAAAAACCCGUUCCGCCAUCUCGAGCAUGUGCAACUACAGUACUAUAACCAUUCUUUGCUUGUCAAUUGCAAGAACAUCCGCCCAUUUCUUGUCAAUAUGAGCAAGUCCGUCUACAACGAAGCUGAGCUGCACCCGCCAAAGCUCACACGGAGGGACAAAAUCACACGGGCUUUUUUCUUGAUGUUACUUCCAAUCUUCCUACCUGUGAUGCUCACAGUCUUGACUACAGGCACUAUUGUUGCUCGCGUUAAAGCUAUUUACUAUUCUGUGCGUCCUCGCCCCCAGGAUAAUGCGGCACUGUUCAACGAGCUCUCUCGCCAGCUCACCAAAACAAGCCACUCGAACCGGGUCGAGGGUCGUCGUCACUCUCACCCCGAUCUUGAACCUGGAUCGCUUGCCGAGGGCGCUCUUGAAAAUAUGCUCGAGCUCGUCGAACCCCAAGAAGGUGAGGAAGAGGAGAAAGACAUGAAAGUUAGCGGAGUACCAAAACCAGCCCUCAACGGAGGAUUCGAAGGCCUCUUGGACGGCACCAAGGAUGAGCUGGGAAUCAGCCCCGAAGUCCGAAGAAUCAUCGAUAACCUCAACCAGCUGGACUGGGAGAAAUACACCGUCGCGCUCUCCCAUUUCAACACCCACGGUGAAAUCAUGAACCGCCGCUGCUCAAACGGCCAGGGACAAGCUCUGCAAAAGUUCUUCGCUCACCUGGUCGCCGAAACCUACAAGGACGUCAAGCGCCAGGUGCCUGCUAAAAUCUAG